AUUUGUGAAAGAUGUUCAAUCAUUCAAGAUGGUGCGAACAACAAAGUAAUCCCAUACGGUGAUGUAAACAAUAAACCUUGAGCGUGGAAUUGUUCAUCUGUAAAGAGCUGUUGAGUCUGAAAUACGAGAGCACAGAGAUAUGGCGAAAUCUGUGCUAACUUCUGACACUCUUCCCAAGGCAGGAAGAGUAAACGAAGUGUGUCGGGAGUGGCUCGUUCACGAAGAUGGAGCAUUGGCCUACAGACUACAAGAUGAAGAGAUAAAAGAACAUUAUACUGGAAACAAGGUGCGCAAUGCUCAAGUACGUGAGGAUUUACCAAAGGCCAAGGUUGAACAAGAACUCGAAGCCCUUCGAUAUCAUUCUAUAAUUCAACAACAAGAGGAGAAGGAUGCUCUUGUUGCGAAACAAGUUGCUUUGAAUUUAGAACGAGAAGAACGCCAUAAAGAAAAAAUGCUGCAGGAACGUAUGAGACGGCAGCUCAGACUGGAUGAUGAAACAGCACAACUUGAAGCUCAAUUAGAAUUGCAAAAGCGCAUUCAGGAAGAAAAAGAUCAGGAAUUGGCAAGAAAAUUACAACUGGAAGAAGAAGAAGCUACUGCCGAAGCGGAAGAUGGUACAGUAGAUGAACAGUUAAUAAUUGAUCAAAAGAUAGCCAUGGAAGCUCAAGAUGCAGAGCUGGCAAGAAUGUUGCAAGAUAGAGAACGUGCCAAAGCACGCAGAGCAAGAGAGCGAGCAAAACAGAAGAAGCUAGAAAAGCAGCAGCUCCAAUUGCUCGAGGAGCAAAAUGCUGCUGAAAAGCCGCAGAGGCCCGAUAAGUUGGAUCUCAAAGUGCAACAUGGAAAGAAUAAGCCACGUGCUAAUUACUCACAGUAUCCAGAUCCUGAGGAAAUUCAUGUCUUGGAAAGUUCGCUAAAUGAUAUGAAAGAGAUGCCGAAUGUUGCUGCCAUGAUUGAUCCAACCUACAAUGGUAAUACACACCGGAGCUCUUCGAGCAGCUCAAGUAACACAACUAGCCCGGCUUAUGUUUUACCAACACCGCCUCACGAGCUUAUGGAUGACGAUGCACCGUGUUACAUGCCGAUACAAGGGCAAAGACGCAAUCAGAUUCAAUCUCCUUCGCACGUGCACGAAGAGAAACAGAAACGUCGGGUAAAAGAUGGAUGUAAGCAUCAGUAAGAACCAGGUUUGUCGAACCAGGUUUCUUUUUUUGUCUACAGGAAGAGAACCAAGAAUGAAAACAUUUUUGAAAAUCAGAAAAAUAAUAAUAAACUGAGAUAUUUAAAAUAUAGAUAUUAGCAAGUAAAUUUUGUAUGAAUUUUUGAUACUAAUUUUUUGAAUCAGUAUUGGUGUAUGUUAGAGACAAUUUUUCGAAUCUAAAAUAAUUUGAAUGUUCGAUAAUACCAGAAAUUAGCUCUCAUUAAAAGUCCUGUUGAGAAAAGUUUGAAUUUAAAGUUCAAAAUUCAAAAUUCGUAAUAUAUCUCAAGAAACCGAGACUACAAGUGCAGGUUGCAACAAUGGUAACUCAUAACUUGAAUAGAUGGGAAAAUAUCUUAGUCCGUAAGACUGUGGCCUUGUAGUUUUCCCUGGGACAAAUCCCGGAUUCUCCAUUUUAUAGGAUUACGUAUUCUAACUAUUCCAUGUAAAUAAUUAUCAAUGAUGAAAAUAGUGAAGAUAUAGCAGCGUAUAGGGAUUUACAAAUUUCAUAUAAAGCACGGCUCAUUGUUAUAUUUCAUACAACACAAUAUGAAAGAUACCCAAUUCUUUAAUGCUUCUGGAUUACGUAGACAUUACAAUCUCUAUGAACACAAGCCUCUCUAUUGUUAAAGAAACGUUGAAACUAUUUAAUUGUAUGCAAAGAUAUUUUUUAAGAUUCAUAUCUUGUUCCAUAUGAAGAUAGCCCCCACUGCCAAAGAUCUGAAACUAACAUUUGGCUUUCUACCAGAUUGACUGGAGUAUUACUGAUUACUUUCGAUGAUAUUUUCUAUAGCAUCGUAAAUAUAAAAUACUACGUACAUAAAUUAUACCGAUAGAAAAUGUACCCGAUUUCUAAUGAAGUAGAGAACAAACGUUGACCAACAUUAUUCCCAGUACUGAUUAUUCCGGCUCACGUUCUAAACUUUCCACUGAUAUUCCAAUGUUCAUGACAAAAUUUUGGCGGUUUACUAUUAUUCCACGAGUAUACCCGGUAACAUUUAAUUUACAACUUUGUAUCCUACAUAGAUGUGUGCAUUCAUACUAAUUAAUUGUUGGCCAUCAGUUUGCAAUACUUGAGAGAAAAUGAUUGGUAGCAUGAUGAAAUCUAUCUGUAGUAUUAAGACGUAAGAUUAAUCAAAUAAUGUAUUAUCCACGGUGACUGGACAUUUUUUUUUAUAUCUAUCAAUUACUUUGCAUUGAUUUUUCAUUGCAUCCUUACCAUUUUAUAAUUUAUGUUAUAUGUAUAUUCCACUAAUAUAAUUUCAUCCACACACACAAAUAUCAAUAAAUUAUUUACGAAACGUUUAGAUUAUUUUA